CUCAAGGGCGACAACGCUGUUCGCAUAUGCACCGAGCACGGCGCUGGAUGAGAUCGUAUCGCCGAAGAUCCAUGUGCGCGAAGCCUUUGAUUGUCGGGGUCAGUGUAUGCGCGCGCCCAAUAUUGCGGUGCAGGCGAUUGCCGAAGGGCUGGAUGACAGGUCUACGAGCUGGUCGAGUAUCCAUCGGAAUCUCUGUGAAGGCUGUCAUGGUCUCCUGACGGACGCUGUUCUGCGUAUCUUGUAAUCAUGUACGCCGGCCAUAGACCCGAUGUGCGGCAUGUAGGACGCGAGCCUCCCGCGUCGAAGCACUUCGAUGAAGGUUUGACGCUCGUCAUCGAGCUCGGAUCGCCUUGCGAGAUGCUGCGUAAAUCGGCUCCGGUGGUCAUGUCCGGACGCUCUCCGGUGGACGAUCCAAGAGCUGAGACAAGCCGAGUUCCUGUGACGACCUGCGGCGACUUUCUGCGCAGUCAAGUUAACAUAUGGUGUGACCAGGGGGCUCCCUGUGCAUGAACGGGCCCAUUACUCGUUGGAUCUUGGGUACGCCUGCCGCGGGUGUCGUGUCCGAGUCCAUAGGGAAGUGCGACAGAGAAGAGCGAUUGUUUCGGAAAAGGUUCCAGCCUCUCGUCGCGGGCGAAUAGACCUAGACGCUAGGGUCUCCAGAAUAGACACAAGUCUGCGUCGCGCCGUAUACCAAGGAGGCCUGAAACGAUCAAGAGGCCAACAUCCUCCGGAGUGGCGCGUUAGGAUAUCCGUGUUGACGAACAGCCCCAAUGAAGGUGUCAUAUAUCGUCGGCGAACGAACACUGCGCUUGCGGCU